UAAUUAUGUAGCCUUCAAUAGGUACUCAUGAAUAUUUUGUUAUUGAGAAGUGUUUUUAAUUUUACGCCGGGAUGUGCAGUGAUAACUGAAAAUUAUUAAUACAUUAUACUAAGCAGUACGUACAACGAGUUGCAUUUUUAGCAGUUGAUAUGACUGACCAAAUCAAAAGCAUUGUUAUUAAAAUUUUGUGUAUUUAUUCAUGCAUAUUAAAUAUCUCAGGAGCGCAAUCGUUAUCAAACGUUAAAAAUUUGGGAAAAAAUGAAGAGCCAAUCACUCAUUGUGAGAAUUGGCAAUUUGCAUGCAAAAAUGGCCAAUGCUCUGCUAAACCAUUCAUUUGCGACGGAUUAAAAGAUUGCUCAGAUGGAAGUGACGAAACAUACGAACAAUGCCGAAAUACAACAUCAAUGAAAUGUGACAAGAAUCGCUUUCAAUGUCAUUAUGGAGCAUGUAUCAAGAGUGAAUACAAAUGCGAUGGUCUUAAACAAUGCAUAGAUGGAUCCGAUGAAUCGCCUCAAAUGUGUAAUCUGGCAAAGAAUAACCCCAAGAGGAGGAGACGAAAUACAGGCAAAUCAUGCGCUGUGCCUGCCUCAUCACCUGAUAAAACCAUCGCCUUUCCUUGCGACAAAAAUCCAUCACAAGGUUGUGCACCAACAACCAGAAAUGCUCCUGAAUAUUCUGUAGCCACAGUCACAUGUGCACCAGGUUAUUACGGAGAUAAUGCAGAUAAUGGUCCAGCCCAUGUUUGUUUCAACUCUCAAUGGUCGCCAAAAAUUGCUAAAUGCGUAAAAAAAUGUGACCAAUUGAAUCCUGUGAAUGUUAAUUUUCAAUGUUUCCGCAACGGAGUAAACAUCGGAAAUUGCAAUGCAAAAUCAGUAUUACUGGCCGGCACCAAACUGCGCCCAUCAUGUAUACCAACCUAUAAACAUGAUAACCCUCCGAGUUAUUAUGAGAUAACAUGUGAUGACCAGGGCAAAUGGGAUAAUAAUCUGGUUCCAUGCGUUCCUGAAUGUGGAAAGCCAUAUAGAGGGGCUCAGCUCACUGUGUACGGAGGAAAUCAAGAGCCAGUUGGCGGAUCUCCAUGGCAUGUAGCGAUUUUCAACAAAAAGAAAAUAUUGAUUUGUGGGGGUUCAAUUAUCUCCGAGAAAUUAGUACUAUCAGCGGCGCAUUGCUUCAGUAAUGGUGACAGUUGCGAAGGAACUAACUGCGUUGAAGAUUUUGAGGUGGCUGUUGGAAAAUAUACGAAUAAUUACGCAGCAAAGGAUGCUGCGUAUCAAAAGAUAAUGAAGAUAAAAGAAAUACGUUUUCCAAAGAAAGGUUAUUAUGGUGUAUCCACCUAUUAUGCAUCAGAUAUGGCAAUUCUAAUUCUUAGAGACCCAAUCACCAUCAACCCAGCAGUUCUGCCAAUAUGUAUCAACUGGGCUGACGUGAAAAGUGGCAAAUAUCCUUCUGAAGGCGAACUGGGAAAGGUAGUUGGUUGGGGAAGAACUGAAAAUGGCACCCUCAGCACAGUUUUAAGGAACAUUAGUUUACCUUAUAUUAGUUACCAACGUUGCGUAGACAAGGUGAACAGCGAUUUCAAACCAUUUGUAACAUUCGAUAAGUUUUGCGCUGGUACAGGAAAUCACACAGGUCCAACUUUACUGGAUGGAGAUAGUGGUGGAGGUUUAGUAUUCGAAGACAGAGGUUUAUUCUACCUUCGAGGUAUCGUGAGCAUAAAGCAGUAUGGGUCAAAUUCCGUCAAUGUAUUUACUGAUUUAACCGAACACAUUGACUGGAUAGCAUCAGUGCGGGAUGAAGUUGAGAAAAAACCAAAAAAGAAUCAAGUCCAGGUCAACAAUGUUGUUUCUUUUACAACUGUUUAUCAGACAGUUGAAGCUGAAACUCCAAUAAAACGUGCACCCGAAGAGAUAGUACAAGAUUUACAAUCGCACGAGUUUUCAUCAGCAGAGGAAAAGCUCCAACAGGCCAGCGAUGGUACAUACAAAUACAUCGUUAAGAAAGUCUACGACCAUCAAAUUGCCAACUUCGAGUUACUGCUCAGUUUUGGCGAGUCUAUUGAAAACCCCGAACAAAAACUGAAAAUUUUCGACGCCUUGUACUACGAAAUGAGAACCACUGGCCAUAAUGAUACUCCAAAACUACUUCGACUCAGCCAAAGCAUCAAGAAAGGAAUUCUAGACCGAGCCACGGGUCAAACCGCCACUGCAGCGCAAUCACUUUUCGACGCAUUGUGCUCAGUGACCUGUUGCAGGCCCCUAGAUGGACCGGUUGAAGAAAUAUUCUCAGCUUUCCUCAAUGACAAUUCGUGGCCCUCAGUCCAACAACUCAGUUCCGAUAUGAGUGAAAACUGUUACCAAACUUUAGUCAGUAUUUAUGAUAAAGCAAUCGAAAGACUUUGGGGCAAAGUCAACCUCAUCGACAUCUUAAACAGAGCAGAAAAUAAUCUGAAACAUUUAGACGAACGAAUGGUCAUCCAUCAGAAGAUAUUCGUCAAGCUUCUCAGAGAGGGCACCUUGCAGAGCAAUUCAGCGAUAUUGCUAGCUCGCCAUAUGAAAUCAGUACAGGAUGAUUCGGCGUACAAAAACGUCAAUUCGGAGAGACGAUCUCAAUACGAAGCUGUGAAAAACAGACUACCGUCAACUGUAUUACAUAUGGUAUUCCAAAAUUAUGUCUGUAUAAGAAACAUCGCAUACAAAGAAUAUCUCGGUAUAGAUGAAAAUUACAAGUAUAAAAAUCAAGAUCAACAUCUCGUAUUCACAUUCAUGGGUGGUUAUGCUAAACGUGGCCACCUUGAUUUAUGGAAAAUCACUUUUACCGGUGAUACCCAGGUCACCAUCCAAAGUGGCAUUAGUGCAUUUAUGAAAUGUACAGAUGAAACUUAUGAUCCACAUGGCAGGUAUGUCUUUGCAUCUCCGGCCACUUACUCGGACAGGAACGCGAGAUGGAAUCUCGAGUUUGACAAGGCUGGACUUUUUAUUAAAAAUGACCAAUACAACGAGUAUAUUCAUUCUGAUGCAAAUAAUAGCAAAGACAGCAAACGUUACUUGGCAGCAGGUAUUGGUUGGGGUCGAGUGGACGACGGUAGCUGGGAAAUAACUGAUUGUACCAAUCCUUAGAACAUGUUUACGUGAUCUUAGCAACGCAAUAGAUCAGUUUUAUUCAAAGUGUUUUGCCCCCAUGAUCUCUCUUGAAUAGCAGAAUGGAAAUAAAGAAAAAUUGUAUACAUUUUUUGAUAGUUUUAUUCUUAAAUCCUGUAAUUUUUACGCAUUUUUUUACUCAAUAAUGAAUUAUAACUGAAAUUCAAA